UCAAGAAUUGUGACGCGUCAUCCGGGAAGCGCAGGUGCAUUUCGCAACAGGGAAAGUGACAAGUUGUGAAACCUGACUCGCGGUCAGUGGCGUCUGAAAUAUUGGGAGUUAUUGUGUCGAUAUAUAUUUUAAGCGCACGCCGCCAUGGCGCUGAACAAGAAUAAUACACCAUCGGGAGGCGUCAUCAUCAACAAUAGCGAAAGUGUCCUGAUGACGUAUGAAAAUGUGGAGCUCGUCUUCAGUGAUGCAGAUGGUCUCCCAGAGACAUUCAGAAAGAGUAAGAAGGGAAGUGUGUACCUGACCCCAUACCGGCUUAUCUUUCUGGCCAAGGGACGGGAACCACUGCAGUCCUUCAUGAUGCCUUUCUAUUUGAUGAAGAAUUGUGAGGUGAAGCAGCCAGUGCUGGGAGCCAACUACAUCAAGGGCACAGUGAGCGCAGAGCCUGGGGGUGGCUGGGAGGGCUCUGCUGCAUUCAAGAUGGUCUUCGUAUCCGGGGGUGCCAUUGAGUUUGGUCAGUGUAUGCUGCAGGUUGCUGCUCAAGCUUCCAGAGGGCAGCCGGUGACCGUGGGUUUUGGUUGCCCCUACAUGGCCAAUGGAGCUUAUGCUUGUCCCCCCCCACCCCCUGCUAAUGGCAUGUACCCUGCUGGCCCUCCACCAGGGUACUCCUACCCUACACCCCAACCUACAGCAGAUGUGUUCUACCCUGCCCCUCCCACCUUUGACAGCCCUGCGGCCUACAUGCCCCCACCACCCUACUCUGCACCACUGGGGCAGGCCCCCCAGGACCCUGAUCUGCCUAGGUCUGCUGCAGCAGAGGCAAAGGCUGCCGAGGCAGCAGCCAGUGCAAGCUGUGCUGCAGCCCCUCCUACUCAUGUGUAUCUGCCACAGGACAAGCCACCACCCUACUCUCCUCCUGAUGACAAGAAGACCCAGUAGAGGACCCAGAUUGCAGACUUCACCUGCCACGGCCUGUACCUCACCGUCUCUCCUCCUUUCCUCCUUCUACUUGGCUGUCAGGUGUUCUGUACUGUCCUAUGUCCUUAGCCGUCUUACCAUCUCUCCUCAUCUUUGGUCACAUUACUGCUGCAUUCACAUCUCCCAUCUACUAGCCACAACUGAGUUUGAGUUGACAGUAUUAUUUUUCCAGCAUCUCUGUAGAGAAUCAUUUGUGUUAUGGAUUUAGUAUUGGAGAUGCGAGUGGUUUGGCGUGUCACUCUAGGUAGAACCUGGGAGUGAUUCUGCUAUAUCUGGCAGGAUCUAAGUUUGUAGAUCUAAGUGUUGAUGUGCAGGGAUUCAUUCCCUGGACGGAUACUGCAGUUUAUGAAUGUGGGCGGCUGCUAGGCCUUAUGAUGGUCCCUGACUGAAAUGGUGGCAUUAAAAAUAAUUAAUACAUUUUAUGUAAAGAUUAGCUCUUCUUAACUUGAAUAGGAAAAGGGGACAGGAAAGUGAAUCAGCUGUUUAGACAGUAUAUUGGUACAUACUCAUAUUAGGUAUGGAAAGGGACCAGAGAUUAAUGGGAAUUUCUAGUGAACAUCUUACCUCCUCUGCCCUCAGAUGUUCUGUCCCGGAUAGAAAUUGAAUUGAAACCAAUGGCACACUAUUUGGAAUAUGUAUGUGUGUGUGUUGCCUUUGUGAUGACUGGGUAGAUCAGCCCCACCUAAGACCUUAAAAACACAGUUCAUUUCUCCACACAAGUGAGUUAAUCUCAUCCAUGUUCUCACACACCAUCCAGUCCCCUUUGCCUGCCACUAAUCUUUCCUUUACUGCAGUGCUAACUGACUUGUUUGAAGGCACUUUGUAGAUCUUCUCAGCUGAGCACCUUAUCCUGAGUCUGUAACCCGCUUUCCCUCUAACUGGCUAAAAGCGGUUGGCUGUUCCUUGCCGUUAGCAAGUCCUGCACUUUCAAAAUUGCUAUGCACCAUUCCCUUCUUGUCUUUCUUAACUGUGUGUAAAAAGUAUGCUAUUUAUUUAAAAUUUAACUAAUUCAUGCUUUAACUUAAAUGGAAAAUGAAGAGAUGAGAAGCAUGGUUUAAAUCGUGAAACUUGUACUGUGCGUACGAUUGGAUUUUAAUAAACUGAAUUUGUGUGAAGAA